GGUUAAAGGUGUAUUUUACAGGACCUGCAUGAUUGCACAACAGAUGGGUGGUGACCAUUGCCCUGAUUAUACCCGUGCUCGUGUAUUCUCGGAAGAGUAAAUCAGACUCUUGGCCGCAGACUGUCGUACAGCGCAUCGGCACAUACUACGUUCUAGACCCGACGUCACAUCACUAGCUAUUGAACACAGCGGCUCGGUUAGCCAACACAGUGACGUUAGACGUGCGCCACUAUGCAAAGCAACCCCAUAAUGAAGUUGCGGUCAGCUGCGAUGAGGCUGAGAGGGCUAGCCGUGGUACAGGAACAUGGAUGCGGGAGUAGCCGCGCUAGUGACUGUAAUCGGCCUAGUCUCUUUUCCUCCAGUCUCCUUCUCCAACCAAACAUUCCCAAGCAUCAUUCAUUCUACCAAUCCCACCCCCGUCGCCUGACACAAACUUCCCCACAAUGUCUGAUGCAGAACGCGCCCCGAAAAAGCGAAAGGCUGAAUCCGGUGAGCGGCAAGCUGGGGGCAACAAAAGAGCCAAGGGCAGGAAAAACUGGGAUAUGCCUAAGAGGGAUACGUCCAAUCGAGCUAUCCAAGCUGGUGACGCAGGAAUAUGGGCAACAUGCGCGAUGAAGAAAGAAGCCAAAUCUGUAGCCGAUCUACGAGAUUUAUUCCAAGAGUACGCUACUCAGCUGUACGGAACGACCGAGUCUAGUGGGGCGGCUGCAGACACCGAUUCCGAUUCAGAAGGUGACAUUGAGGCUGAAAUCAACAAAGAACUCGCCGAUAUCCGUAAGCCAGCUACAAAGCCAUUAUUCACUUCAGUCAAGCUAGAUACGCAAUGCUUGGUAUUCUUCAGGACGCGAUCUCCAUUGGAGCCCGUCUCCUUCGUCCACAAGAUUUGCCAAGACAUAGCUGAUGGCGCUCAGCCAAAGAACCUCACCUACGUAAAACGACUAACAGCUAUUACUGCUACCGCUAAAGCCACCCCUCAGGGCCUUGACAGUGUUGCUAAACAGGUCUUGGCGCCUCACUUUCACGGCCCAGAUCAAGCGGGGAAAAAGUUCGCCAUCCGGCCGUCCAUCCGUAAUAACAAAGAAUUCUCACGAGAUCAUGUUAUCAAGACGAUUGCGGCUGCGGUAGGCCCUGGCCACAAAGUCGAUCUCAAGAGCUAUGAUUUGCUCAUCAUCGUGGAGAUCUACCAGAAUGUCAUUGGAAUGAGUGUCGUGGGACCUGACUAUGAGAAGCUCAAACGGUUUAAUAUCGAGGAGCUACGUCAGCCACUGUCUUCGGCGGUGCCAGAGACAAAGGAGAAUGCCAAUAAGGCCACGAGCGAAAAGGUUGCGUGAUCGAUGUGUGAUGGGUGCGAAGG